AUGGCGACGAGUGAUAUGGGCUUCCUGCCCACCAUCAAAUGCUCUAAUUGCGGACAUAAUGUUGAAAUCUCCGUCAUGGGCGACCAUGUGUGCGCCCCAAUCGACCAUGGUAGGCUUUCCGUGAGACAUCGUGAAGACAUUCCGACGUCGUUGACUCUCGGUCUCUCUCGUGCAGCCCCUAUCGCGACAAUUCCUCCAUCACCUCCCCCUUCGGCGGGGCUCGAUGCUCCCGAUCGGUUGACCACCGCAAUGGCAAUGAAGACCGGUCGGUCUGGUGCGCCGCCUCGCAUCGACCCAACCAUUGCAAGUAUGUCUGGAAACAUCACACAUGCCGGAAGGGCGCCGAAGUUCGACCUGAGAACGCCAAAUGUGCCUACGCCGGCGAAUAGUAUUGGAUCGCAUCUGCCGUCUCCUUUAUCUGCUACGUCGGCCCCUCGAUCACCUCUGCAACCGUCGCCUCGCAGCCAGAUCACCCUGGAUAAUGAGUCCGUUAUAGACUUAGAUUCGGUCUUCUCGUUUCCUAUGCCGGGGAACCGGCCGCCGGCUCGCGUCGGAACCCCUGGCCUGAUGGUGGAUGUCUCAACACGAUCCGCAGCCCCAACUCCUUCUCCACGGUUGGGACUAGAUUUAGUGCCGGAGAAUGUUCAACUACCACCGAGCCCCCUUCCUCCGCCGCCAGAGGAGUCAAUCGAUAUGGGACAUCACCGAUCUGACUCGAUAGCCAGUCAUAGUAGCUAUCGCACAUCUCUGGCAAGCACCCGCUAUGGAAGCUCAACGGCGAGGUCAUCAACGCACAGCUUUUCACGUGGCUUCCGAACCUUCAUGGAUGACACGCCCCCUCUACCUCCGGCGCCUCUCCGAACUCCCAACAAAUCGACUUUCCCUCGAGACUCCCACCUGUCAGUGGCGUCCUUGUCCUACCCCAGCGAGCGUGGAGAGACGUACAGUGGAUUUGAUUUUGGAAUCCCAACCGACCACUCCACCGUGUUACAUGACCUUCCUGAAGAACGCUCGCCAGACGAACCAAGAAAUACCGACAAAUACGACUUUCCUCUACCCCCGCAGGAUCAUCUUCACCCGGCAGCUGCAGAAGCAAGCAGUGAAGUCUCACGGAGAACCUCUGAUGCGACGAUUGAGAGUGCUUUCUCCAUCACCAAUUUCGCGCGUGCUCUUGGACUGGAAGAACAGGUACAAAAGGCCGAAAGCUCCACCUCCGAGGACGAAUCACACUCGUCACCUUCUGAGACUCAAAGCGGGAGCUCCAUGUCUAGUCUCCCGUCGGAUACUAGCUUAAACCGGCAUAAAGCCUCAGACCCAUUGAAUUUAAGCCCUCUCGUUGAGGAACUUCCCCCCAGAACACGACAGACCAUUCUCGAGUUGCCCGGCCGGAUGCGGAGCCCGAUGGAUGAAGUGCCGACUAUCCCCGCAGCAUUCUUCAGUCCUGAUUCCCCUACUGACCCUGCAAUUGGGCGAGGUGGCUUGUCCUUAAUUGCGGAGAGGCAUGACGCAAUUUCGACCUCGCAGCAUACUCAGCAAGCCCCACGAAUCCAGGGACCCCAAGAACAGCAGGAGUCCCAGGAGCCACAAGAAGUUCAAGAACCCUCCGAGCCUCUGCGACCUCUACAGCGUGCCGCAACAGCCCCAAUACCUCGUCCGCCGACUCGCUCGGGAACUCGGUCAAAAGGAAACUGCAAGGGAUGUGGGGAGAUCAUUACUGGAAAGUCGAUCUCAUCUUCUGAUGGUCGCCUCACCGGUCGCUAUCACAGGGGGUGCUUCGUCUGUUUUGAAUGUUCCUCGCCAUUUCCAACCGCCGAUUUCUAUGUCCUCAAUAACCGCCCAUACUGCGCUCAACAUUAUCACGAACGCAAUGGAUCCUUGUGUUCUACCUGUCACAAUGGCAUUGAAGGCCAAUACCUGGAAACUGUCGAUCGCAAUGGCGGCCAGCCUGACCGUCGACGCUUCCACCCCGACUGUCUACAAUGCCGCACGUGCCAUGUUCUACUUCAGGGUGACUAUUUUGAAUGGAAUGGUCAAGUCUACUGCGAACGUGACGCCCGUCGUGCCGCAAAUGCGUACUACCGCCCACCGCCGGGUCCUCCCGUUCCCUCCGGUCACCUCGGGCCGCCUGGUCGCCGUCGCCCGACAAUUGGAUCAUCUCCAUUGUCUCAAUCUCGUGCAUAUCCUCCACCUGACGGGUACUUCCCGCCUCCCUCCCCAGCUCCCAGCAGCGGAGGGCUGCGCCCUGGUCCACGAUUCCCCUCGGGUGGCGCGCGACGUUUUCCCGAACGAAGAACCACCAAGCUUAUGAUGAUCUAA